AUUCAAGGGGAAAACCAAAGAAUAACCAAAUCCCAAAGGAAGCAACCCCCCAGUCUGGCUUGUCGGGUUUAUAAAACUCAUGCAGAUCCAACCCUCCUUUCCUCACAAGAGAAUAAGAUCUUCCCCUUAUUCAGAGCAAAGCAAAACAGGCGGAAGAACACGAAAGGCCAAGGAUGGAUGCGAGGACGGCAGCCCGCGAGUACGAAGACAUUGAUCCGACGACGAACUGGGAACGAGAAGACAGAUUGGACACGCUUAUCAUCUAUCUGCCAGGUUUCAAAAGGGAGCAACUGAAGGUUCAAAUCACAUCGGAGGGCAAUUUGAGGGUCAUGGGAGAGCGUCAAGUUACCGGCAACAAAUGGAGCCGAUUCCGGAAAGAAAUGCCUAUCGCGUCCAAUUACGAUUCUAACAAGAUCAGCGCAAAGUUCGACAACGGCAUUCUUCGUGUCAAACUUCAGAAGAUCAUCAUUCCAGCGGAGCCCCGUGGAGAGGCGAAACCAGCAGUGCAACCUACUAAGCCUCCCGAACCCACACCUGCAGCAGAACCUCAAAAAAGGGGUCCAAAACAGGAUACCAAGGAGCCGCCAAAGGCAGAACAAGUGCCAGCAAAACCAACAGAGGAGGACAAGAAACCAAAGAUAUCGACAGAGGAUGAGGAAAAACCCAAGGAAGUCAAAGAGGAGAGCAAGAGAGCAGAUGAAGCGAAAAAUGGACGGGAAAUGGCUUUACAGCAGAAGAGCGACGAUUUGGCUGAAAAGAAAGCCACUGAAAAGGAUCAAAAGCGUGGCGAUACUGCAGAUAUAGGCAAGAAGAUGGAAAAAACAGGAACAAAGAAGGCCGGUGACGUUGGUGAGCCCAAAGCCAAGACUUAUAAGGAAAACGUUGGGAAUUUGGUCACGAAGCUGAAGAAGCCAAGGAAUUUGAUGAACACCAUGGUGGCAGCUCUACUAAUUGUGGUGCUUGGCCUGUAUGUGAAACAUGCAUUCAGGUCUAUUGGAACAACAGAAUCUGACCCAGAACUUUAAGCUUGCAAAAGCAAUUUGUUGCUCCACACUUACAUUCAGCAUGAAAUGUAAUUCUAUUUGUUACAAGUGAAUAAUGUACCUUCUAUAAAUAAUAAAUCCUCAACUGAUAUUCUUUCUA